GCGGCGCAAGGAAGAAGGCACGGAUUCGCCCGACGAAACGGCGAACGCACACGGACGACACCGCACGACGAACGCGCGCAAUAAUAACCUCCGCGCGCGCCAUCCUUCGAAACGCUCGUAGUCGCGCGCCUCGCGCAGUCGGCAUCGCACUUGCCUCGAGCGGAGCGUGUGUCUUCUUCUCCUUCGCGUCAUUGAGUUUGCCGGAACUAAAAAAACGCGACUAAGCUCUUUUGUCAUAAUCGUUAACGACGACGUCGCAGCACACACGCGAGUUUUGUUUCCUUCACGAAAAUCUCAACGAACUAUUUUCCUCUUUUUUCUCUCUCACUCUCUUUUUCUCUCUGUCUCUGUCUAUCUCUCUAUUUCUCUUUCUCUUUUCCUCUUUUCUCUAUCUUUUUCCGUCUCUUUCUCAUUCAUUCCAUCUCUCUUAAAAGCCGGCCGGUUGGCCGGCAAGCAGGCGCGUUCGGUGCUACACACGUGGUUCGCGCGCGCGCAUGCACGCGACCUUUCGUUUUCGCGAGUACACACGAUUCGCGCUAACGGUUUACCCUUUCUCUCUCUCUCUCUCUCUCUCUCUCUUUCUCUCUUCCUCUCCCUCUCUCAUACAAUCUUUCUCUUUCUACUUUCAUCCGUAGAAUAAGGAUAAGUAACGAGAAGUAGUGCUUUAAGGCGUGUUAAAGAUCAAAAAGUUUGAGUCCUCCUCCUUACCCUCUUCCUACUCCUCCGAGUAAAUACAGAGAUUAAAAAGAAGAAAAGGGAAGAAUAUAAAAAGAAACAAAUAAUCAGAGAGGAACGUGUUGAUAUUAGAUAUUAUCGAAUUGCACGAGCGUGGACGAAGACCUUUUACAAUUUUGUCUACGUUGUCUACGUCGUCGUCGUCGUCGUCGUCGUCGUCGGCUGAUUGGCUGGCAGGUGGGGGUGUCGUGACGUAGUAACACUCAAAUAGAGGAACGUAGAGAAAGGAGUAAGAGAAAGAGGAGGAGAAGGAGAAAGAGAAGGAGGAGAAGGAGAAGGAGAAGGAGGUGGAGGAGGAGGAGGAGGAGGAGGAUGGAGGUUCGCGGCGCACCCGCGGAAGAAGCGGGCUCGGCGUCGCGCGGCAUCGGGACGCCUUCACCGGUUCCACCUCCGUCAUCGUCAUCGUCGUCGACGUCAGCUUCGGCGUCAACGUCGGCGUCAGCUUCGGCGUCGACUUCGGCGUCAGCGUCAGCGUCGAUUUCCGUGACGGUGGCGCCCUUACCGGUUAUAGCCGCAUCCACGCCGCCGACGAAUUGCGCGGCGAUGCCCGUCGCCGCGACGCACGGCGUCGCGAGUCCGCCGCAACAGACGCCGCCCGGCGUCAUCGCCGCGGCCAUCGCCACCGCCGCGGCGGUUCCUAAGAUUCUCAGCAGGAAUGUCAACGGGACUCUCGUACAAACGUCAGUGCCGCAAAACGAAGCAGAAUUGCAGUUGUACCGAGUGAUGCAGCGGGCUUCGUUACUCGGCUAUUACGAUACUCUAUUGGAAAUGGGAGGGGACGAUGUGCAACAAUUGUGCGAUGCCGGUGAGGAAGAGUUUCUUGAAAUUAUGGCAUUGGUCGGCAUGGCCAGCAAACCUCUUCAUGUACGAAGACUUCAGAAGGCUCUUCAGGAGUGGCUCACCAAUCCCUCGCUCUUCCAAACGCCAGUCGUACCAACAAGUGGGACCUGUAAAAAUCCAGCACCGGUCGUUGGUUUCCCUUGUGCCAGUCCUCGAGCACAAGUGCAAGUUUCACAAGUGCCACAAGUACCGCAAGUCGCUGUUUUCUCAACGACAGCAUCGACGACGGUUACGACUACGUCUACGAUGCUUCCUUGUCGAAGCGUUAGUCCUAUCGUUUCGGUGACGAGCGUAGCUGCGUCGGCUGGUUCUACGACUUAUAGACAAACUCCGAGUCCUGGUUCCUCUGUAGUACCAGUUGCAGCAUCCUACGUGCCACCAACUUCUCACAGUCCUGGUGUACUUCAAGUUGGCACCUGCGAGUCCUCUUGUGGUAGUGGAACUACACCCAGUCCGAGUGGUACCGGUGCUCCUGCUAGUCCCACUCAACUCACCCCUACGCUACUUCAUUCACAAAUACAACGGCUUGCCGAAGCUGCUGAAAGACUUGCUGCUACGAUCAGACCGGUCGAUCCUAAGCCUCAUAAUGUUAAAAAGAAAUUUUGUAAAAAUCUCGAACUGGUCAUGGCCAUGCCCGACAAUGAUCCCCGAAGAAUGGAAGAGAUUAGAAAGUAUGCCGCAAUUUACGGUAGGUUCGACUGUAAAAGAAAACCAGAGAAACCGCUGACGCUCCACGAGAUCUGUGUAAACGAGGCCGCUGCACAGAUAUGUAGGUUUGUCCCGGCUCUUCUGACCAGGAGGGAUGAACUAUUUCCAUUAGCACGUCGAGUCGUUCGGGAUUCUGGCUAUCAUUAUGUCAAAAGUCAAUAUUUGUCAAUGUCCUCGUCAAGGCAACGAGAAAACGGUGAAGAGAACGAGCUCGAGC